AUGUCUUCCCAGGGAAGAUUCGAAGUUUCCUCCGAGGCAUCCCAAGUGUCUCGACCUACGAAGUGCCACUCCGGAACCGGUGCGACGACCGGGACAAAACCGCGACGCGACAGUCGCGCGAAGGGCAACCUGUGCGCGACGAUGCUGGCGCAGUUGAAGGAGCUCCUGUACAGGUCCCACGUUCCGGGCAUGAAGGUGGUCAUGGGUCCGUUCGUUCCCGCCCGUCGGCGAGCCCGCUGGGUGUUCGUGCUCACGGUUUUCACGGCGCUGACUUGCUGGGACAUCGCCAGGACCGUGUCCGAGUACCUGGAGCGACACGUCGCAAUGGACAUCGAACUGUCCGAGGUAGAGGACGAAAUGCCGCUGCCCGCCAUCACCGUCUGCAACUUGAACCCGGUGCGGAAGUCCGUUCUCUGCGACCCCAACUACGAGGCCCUGAACGCUCAGGAGGGCGCUGCGUAUUGGAGGGAGCGGCUCUGCAACGGAAGAGCGAUAGAGAACGUCUGGAUGAGCGAGGAGGUGCUGAAGGAGGUGGAGAACUUCACGCAGUGGGUGAUGCGAAUUCAGCGGAAGGACGUUGCGCUCGCAAAACGCAUGGGACACCAGCGCAAGCGCUUGUUCCUCGAGUGCACCUUGGGGAACCUCAACUGCCGGGAUGACAGUCUCCUGUUCGCAGUCCCUUACGGACGUUACGGCACCUGCUACUGUUUCAACUUCCUGCACGGGUUUUCCAUCGCCCAGGAAGACACACGCGACAUCUACAGAGGUCUCCGCAUGAUACUGGACACCGAAUUCGAAGAAUACCUGCCUCUGUCGGCGGAGGUCGGCUUCAAGGUGAUGAUACACGAACCGGGAGUGGAGGCGGACUACAACCGCAACGGAGUACACAUUCCCCCGGAAUUCGUGUCCUACCUGCGACUUGCCAAGCUGUCCAGUCUGGUGACCAACAUAGGCGGCACAAUGGGCAUCUACUUGGGCCUCUCGUUCGUGACACUCUUUAGCAUAGCCGACAUUGUGGCCACAGCGCUGGUGAGGACGCUCGCCACGCUCAAAGCCGUCAAAGCGGCGCCCUUGGUACACCAAGGGUACUAG